AGCUCAAUCAUGAGCCCGAAAAGAUUGGCACACCAAGUACGAGUCGAUGUGGCCACACGUUCUUCUUGUGGGGUUGCAGUCACGGGAGAGAAUCAUCUGUUUGCCGGAGAUGGACGCUUGCAGACCUUCUUCCUCUCUCCCCCUGUAUCUCCUCUUCAGCUUCAGCUUCACCUUCAUGGCCGCUUUGGGACUCUCCGACGACACCGAUGCCAUCUCCUCCACCUGCAACCACACACUCUACUUCGACGUGUGCAUGUCCACGCUCACGUCCCGCCCAAGCAGCCGCCGCGCCGACGUGUACGGCCUCGCCGCCAUCUCCCUCGACGUCGGCAUCACGCAUGCCAAGGCGACCAUAUCGUACGCCAAGAGCUUGAGCAAGCAGAAGGGCUUCGCCGGCGGCACGUACGCGUCCGUGUGCAUCGCGGAUUGCUUGGAGGAGUACAAGGAGGCGGUGCAGAGCCUCCGCGACUCCACCGGUGCUCUUCGGAGCGGGUCUUACGACACGGUCAACGCGCUGGUGUCGGGAGCCAUGACGAAUUCCGACACGUGCGAGAGCGCGUUCGGGGAGAAGCCGGGCCUGCAGUCGCCAUUGACGGAGAGGAACGGCUACUUCUUCAAGCUCUGCAGCAACUCCAUUGCCAUCACCAACCUCCUUGCUUGAGGUCACUCUGCAAUAGAGCAAAUUUCCAUCUAUACUACUAUUUUAUGUUGUAAUUUCUACAGACAGGAUGUUGUUGAGGGUCAUGAGACCUAAAUAAAUCUUGUAAUGAUCAAAAUAUUCAGGAGUUUUGCCUCAACUAAAUCAUGCAUAAUGAACAUUGUAGCAAGCAUUGGCCUGCAUGAACAAGUUUAUCAGAUCAAAUCAAAAGGAUUAGGUCCACAAAUCAUUCCACUAUUUUGUCCAAUGGGGCCUUCUUUUUGGAGUUAAGAGGCAUUAUAUUCUUUGUUGUUGCUAUAGGAGCUUAACCAAAUCCUUCAGCAAAUUACAAGUCUCUUCUAAGUUUCAAAGACUUGGGACUUGCAAGGAUGGCAAAUUGGAGGUGGUUAACUUGAGCUUAGAACACACUAAUCUUGUGUGGACACUGUACACUGAAUCUGAACUCAAAUUACAGUCAGUUCAUGCAAGUAUUUGGAUGAA